UUGUGGAGCUAAGUUUAAUGGCAAUGGGGUUGGUCGUGGAUACCUCUCUACUCUACUCCCCGAACCCGAUAAUUUUAAAAAAUAAUACUCUAAUAUAGACGAAGUUACCUGCCAAUAAUAAUAGUGACCAGCAUCCAAUAAUAAGAUGGGAGUGUUGGCCAGUGUAAAGGAGAAGGUGCUGGAGAAGCUGGCGGCGGCUGCUGUCCCCGCCGAGGCCCUUGAGAAGGCCCGCCGUUUGUUAGAGACCACCGUCCGAGACGCCACGCAGGCUGCCCACGCCAUCUCCAAGGAUGCCAUGUUUCGUAUCAAAACACAUCUUAUUGAUAUUUUCCCUUCCCUCUCCCCUGCCCUCACUUCAAAGAUGGUGGACGAGGCAGAGAAGGAAGCAGUAGCAGCUGAAACAAAUAGUGACAAAAAUAAAGAUGAGAAUAGUAUUACUAUUAAAACUACAAUUAGUAAUCAUCAAGAAUACUAUAAAUUACCCUGUUCAAGGCUUUGAAUUGAGUAGUACUUGUAUGCAUAUAUAUAUAUAUAUAUAUAUAAUAAUGAAUAUGAUGGUUGAUAUAAUGAUAUAGCUCUUUGUAGAGAAAAAAAAAUGGAUACAACUUUAAUGAAUA